AUGGUCAAGAAGAGUGCUGCCCAAGUUGCUGAGGCCGGAGUAGUAGCGUUGCACCGCUUCCCGCCGUCGCUGAAGUACCCAACUCAACAGCUUUGGAGCUGGCGGGAGCAAAGAGCAGUCUGCACGUAUUCGAACUCUGUUAUGCCGUUGCUCGCACAAAAUGAGGUGGGACAGAUAUUGGGGACAACUCUUACCAACUCUGAAAAUCACGAGGAAACGGAACUAUUGAAGUGUAUGGUAGCUAAAAAGACUACUGAAUCCGAUGGGUCUCGGUGGCUCAAGAUGCCGUCCUUCCUUCAGAAACCAGCGUCGUAG